GAAAGCCCACACAGGAGGACCUGAAGGAAGAACUGCAUCCAGACCACCAGUGCUUGCCAUCAGGGUGAAUGUGGGUGGUACACAGAGCCCAUACGGAGCGAAGAUAAGCUGCAAGUACACCAUUCUCCUGUUGUUCACAAGCAUAUCACUGCUUUUGGGUCUCUAGGGUGUCACAUUCUGAAAAGCUUUUUGAAGAGCUUGCCAAGAUUUCUGCCAGGUGGCAUCAUAAGUGAAUUUCACCACAGCUGAGGGCCUGCCAAGCUUUGCUGGACAGACAGAGCAGGAAAUUAAGGUACUUUAAAGAUGCUGGCAUGACCUACAAAUCCAGUGUCCUGACAUCUUUGUAAAGACUUUUCACAGAGGUACUCCUGUGGCACCUGAUUUGAUCCUUCAAGAACACCCUAUGAAGUCCCAGAGCACAUACUAAUGGAAGGCCCUUUGCAAACCUUUGUUCAUGUGUGUCAUGAAAAUGGUCAAUGGAUGUCACGGUUACCAGAGAAACUCUGGGAUAUUCCCCUCUAUAACUUAGCUCUCCCAGGGAGUCACGACACUAUGACCUACUGUUUGGAUAAAAGCUCUGCUGUUAGUGGCAAUGAGUCCAAGCUGGUGAAGUUUUUAAGCAAAUGUCUGCCCUGCAUUGUACACCCCAUUAUCAUGAAGUGGUCUAUAACACAGGUCCUGACUGUGACAGAGCAACUUGAGUCUGGAGUUAGAUACCUGGAUUUCAGGAUUGCCCACAAGGCUAAUGAUCCAUCUAUGAAUUUGUACUUUGUGCAUAUGGUUUACACAACUGUUACCGUGCAGGAUAUUCUGUGGGAAAUAUUGAGGUGGUUAGAAACUCAUCCUCAGGAAGUUGUUAUCAUAGCCUGCAGAAACUUUGAUGGAUUAACAAAAAGACAUCAUAAUCAUCUUGUUGCCUGUAUAAAAUCGAUUUUCCAGUGUAAACUGUGUCCUAGAAAUGUGGUACCAACACUGCGGACCAUGUGGCACCUCGGCCAUCAGGUUAUAGUCUCGUACGAAGAGGAAGUGGAACUGGAGAAGCACUGUGAGCUGUGGCCCCCCAUCCCAUACUGGUGGGGAAACAAAACAUCCACUCGUGCUCUUAUCCGCUAUUUGGAGCGCAUGAAGCGGAUGGGCCGUCCAGGAAAAUUCUUUGUGGCAGGGAUUAACCUUACUGAAAAUUUAAGAUAUAUUCUUGUACACCCAUUUGGAUCAUUGAAGAAAAUGACACUCCAGAGUCUUCCAUGCUUGAAAAUCUGGAUAAAGCAGCAGUAUCCAGGACAAAAAAAAAAAUGUAUUAACAUAAUUGCUGGAGACUUUAUAGGAAACAAUGAUUUUGUCAAAGAUGUGAUAGAACUUAACACAAAAAUUAAUCCUCCACUCCACUGCCAAAGUGAACUGGAACAAAUAGCUUUUAAUUCUCAACUUCCUAAUCUAUGAAAAGUUGAAAAGGCUUUGUCUGCAUUCAUUGUGCCCUACUGUAAACAUCCUGAAUCCCAUAAAGGUCCAAUUAACUUAAAUCAGGAAUGCUUUCAAGGCUCAGUAGGAAGAGGUCUCUCAACAUCAUCAGGGUUUUGAGGCCUUUGGACAGAAAAGAGAGCAGGUGUACUUUGCUGAAGUCUCUAGAGAACUAUGGUAUAGGUGUAAUUUUUUUGGAGGUGCUUUGAUUCUGCAGCAGCUGGCAAAACUGAAAGUCCCAAGAACUCAAUCUUAUUUUACAUAGGACUAAGAAGGAGGAAAAUGUCAGUAGCUGCAUGAUUUAGUGGUAAGAUUUUAUCUUUCUUAUAACUGUAAGGAUAUUCUGUACUAUUUGCAAUCCAAAUUCUUACUCUUUUGUAUCAGUCUGAAAUUGACUUGUCUUUUCAUAGUUUCUGUUAAAUAAACAAAAGGAACAGUUAAAAAAUAUCUUUGAUAUAUCAGAGAUGCUGCACUGACAAUCCAGUUUGAAAUGAUUUUAUAUAUGCACCAACAUGCUGAGUAUCAUUUGUGAGCUAUUUUACUAACAGGGUAGCCCCAAAAUUAUUUGGAAUUUUUAAGAGUUAAUUGAAUUUGCACUUAGUCAUGCCAAUUCUGCAGGGAUAAAGAUACCAAAACAAGGCCCUUACACAGUUUGUCUGUGGCAAUUGAACAUUUUACUAGGUGUUGCCUAAGUACGCCUUACACUGAAAAUAAACACAGAGGGAACAAAUUCCUGAUCUUAACCUAAACUGCCUUAGGAAUACAGAUUCUUGGCUUCUAUCAUGCUCAUUUGGGAUUUCACACCUGGUCUUUUAUUUAGCUAUUUUAGUAGCUCUGUAAUUACUUUUCCUCUCACUAAGUAGUUUUUGUGUAUGUCAAAACGAAGAGGUUUAUGCCAUUUCCCAUUGCAUACUAAUUCUGUUUUUCUAAAUGAACUGUGUGGUAACAGAUCAUCAUGAAGGCAAGACAAAUGUCAAGCAUCAGGACUAAAAUAAAACCAAUUAUUGUGUAAAGUUCACUAUGCAACUUCACCCAUAUACCUCACUUUUUAGAUGCACUUUACAUGCAAAAGCUAAAUUCAGUUGUCUGAUAAUGUUUGCAGAAGUUUUUCUGCCUGUCUUUUGUGCCCUCUUUUGUACCCUUGUUAUUCUAAUAAAACUUGAUCUCUCUCUGCAAUAUGGAAUGAAAUAGUUUGGUUUCUCCUUUCUGUGAUACUGUUUUAUUGGUCCUCAGUAGUAAUUCAUAACAUAAGAAAUGGAUCAGUUGUGGUUUUUUAUUUCUUUUUGUUUUCC